CAAAUCAUUAUUAGAGGUUAAGAGCUGUUUGCCGAUUGUCAGUAAGUACAUACGAAUUAAAAACAAAAAUAUGGUUAAGGCAAAAAUAUACCUCUUCAAGAAAUAUUUUGAUGGUUAUCCAAAAAAUACUGACUUUAAAUUAAUUCAAAAAACAGUACCACCAGUACAUAAUAAUGAAUUUUUAGCCGAAGCAGUAUAUUUUAGUAUCGAUCCCUAUAUGAGGUCCUAUUCCUCAAAGUAUCCAUUAGGAAUUCCUUUUGUGGGAUCACAGGUAGCAAAAAUAAUCGAAAGCAACAAUGAAGAAUUCCCCGUCGGAAGAUAUGUGGUUGGUAACUUUGAUUGGAAAACUCACACAGUAUCAAAUGGAAAAGCUCCUGAAGGCCAUAUAUUUACCCAGGAUCCAUAUCUUUUACCAGAUAUAGGAACUUUACCUGUAUCUACAGGACUUGGAGUAUUAGGAAUGCCGGGGAAUACGGCUUAUUUUGGUGUAACCGAAAUACUGAAACCCAAACAAGGAGACACUGUAGCAAUAUCUGGAGCAGCUGGUGCUGUGGGCAGCAUUGCAGGUCAGCUGUGCAAGUUAAUGGGUUGUAAAGUAGUUGGAAUUACGGGAUCACAAGAAAAGGGUAGAUGGUUAGUUAAUGAUCUAGGUUUUGAUGUUUAUAUAAACUAUAAAACGCGUAACUUGGAUGAUGCUCUCAAAGAAGUUGCACCGGAAGGAAUCGAUUGCUACUUUGACAACGUUGGAGGUCAAAUAACAUUCUCAGUACUGAAGCACAUGAACCGCUAUGGACAUACAGCUGUAUGUGGAGGAAUUUCGGGAUAUAAUGAAACAGACCCCAAAGUUCCCGAUCUUGCUCUUCUUAUUGUAAUGAAAGAAUUAUCCAUCCAAGGGUUUCAUGUCCAUCGAUGGUUGGACCGAUGGAACGAAGGAAUACUCAACAAUUUAAAGUUAAUACAAGAAGGCAAGCUAAAAUAUAAAGAAACUGUGUUUGAAGGAUUUGAAAAUUUAUACAAAGCUUUUCUAAGCAUGAAUAAAGGUGAAGGGAUAGGCAAAAUCGUUGUUAAAGCAUAGAAUAAAAUAAAAUAUAUUGAUAUUAAA